GUGUGUGUGUGUCUGCCUGUGUGUGCCGGCAUGUGCCUGUGUGUGUCUGCGUGUCCACAUGCCCUGAGGAGGCGCCCGUUCUGCUCUGUGCACUUCCCCAAAGCUUUCCAGAUCACUCCCAAGGGACGCCCAAAAAGACUAGAGCCGGGCGCUGUGGCUCACACGCAUCAUCCCAGCACUUUGGGAGGCCGAGGCAGGGGGAUUGCUUGAACCCAGGAGUUCCUGGCGACAGCAAGGCCCCGUCUCUACAAAAAAAAUUUUUUUACUUAGCUGGAUAGGGUGUUGCCAACCUGUGGUCCCAGCUACUCUGGAGGCUGAGGUGGGAGGAUGGCCUGAGCCCAGGAAGUCCAGGCUGCAGUGAGCUAUCAUGGUGCCACUGUACUCCAGCCUGGGCAACAGAGCAAGACCCUGUCUAAAAAAAAAGAAAAAGAGGGGAGUGCAGGUGACUUGGGGCCGGGAGCCAGCAAUAGGCAGGGUUGUGGGCUGGGCAGUAUGGAGGGGUAUUUCCCCCAGUGCUGGGAGAGGUGAUGGCAAUCUAGAUUUGGCCUUAUCAAUUCAUGUUAGUUACCAACGACUGAAAAAAUGCAGACCACCGGGGCAUUGCUCAUUUCUCCAGCUCCGAUCCGCUGUUGUACCAGGGGGCUAAUCAGGCCUGUCCUCCCAUCUGCCUCCUUCUUGAACAGCCCAGUGAAUUCAUCUAAACAGCCUUCAUACAGCGGCUUCCCACUCCAGGUGGCCAGACGGGAGUUCCAGACCCGUGUUGUCUCCUGGGACACUGACACGGCAGCCAAGUCGAUUGGUGCUGGGGCAGCCAGAAUUGGUGUGGCGGGUUCAGGGGCUGGCAUUGGAACAGUGUUGGGCAACUUGAUCAUCGGCUAUGCCAGGAACCUGUCUCUCAAGCAGCGGCUCUUCUUCUGUGCCAUUGUGGGCUUUGCCCUGUCUGAGGUCUUGGGGCUCUUCCAUUUGAUGAUCGCCUUCCUUAUCCUCUUUGCCAUGUGAGGCUCCGUGGGGGCCACCUGCCUGUUUCUGCUACAGCUCCAUGCCAUUGUUAGGGCUGGGGUGUGCUAAGCUUUACUAUUAAACACAACAUUUCUGUAAAAGAAAAGAAAAAGAAAGAGAGAGCUACUCCGUAGGCUGAGGUGGGAGGAUGGCUUGCGCCCAGGAGGUCCAGGCUGCAGUGAGCUAUCAUGGUACCACUGCACUCCAGCCGGGGCAACAGAGCAAGACCCUGUCUAAAAAGAAAGAAAGAAAAAGAAAAAAGAAAGAGAGACUCCAACCAGCCUUUCUUCCCUGGUUCCCUGACAGCUCAGAGAUCACCGUUGUGCCUCUAAGGCUAACAGCAGCUGGAGCUGACAGCCUUUCACAGGGCCUGCCAGCAGCCUUGGAGGAACCCCGCGCCUAUUUAAUGGGACACUGAGGCUCAGAUAACAAGUGCGGUUUCGGACAAGAGCAGGAGAGGAGGUGGAGAAACAGACCCUCGUGCGCGGCUGGUGGGGAUGGAACAAGGCCCAGCCUGGCGGCUUCUCACAUGGGUAAACAUGGAGUUACCAUAGGGCCUAGCAAUCCUACUCCUGGGUAUAGAUCCCACAGAACCGACAGCAGGGACUCAAAGAGGUGUUUGCACACACAUGUGCACAGCGGCACCAUUCCCAACAACUCCAGGGUGGAAUUCUGCCACCCCAGGCCUCCAUCAGUGGAUAAACACAGCAUGGUCCAACUAGACAGUGGAAUAUUACUCAGCCAUGAAAAGGAAGGGAAUCUAGAUACAGGCUGCCGCGUGAUUAACCUCGAGGACCUCACGCUCAGUGAGAGGAGCCAGACACGAAAGGACGUGUCCUGUGGGAUCCCACUUCUGGGAGGUCCCUGGAGUCGUCAGAUUCACAGAGACAGGAAGUAGGAUGGGGCAUGCCAGGGGGCUGGGGAGGGGGACAGGGAGUGACUGUUUCACCGGGACAGAGUUUCAGUUUGGGAAGAGGAGAAAGUUCUGGAGAAGAUGGUGGUGAUGGCGGCACAACAUUGUAGUGAGAAAAGAGAGAGGGAGAGGAAGGGCUCAAAGUCAGCCCCAAGCCCCAUCUUCAGCGUCAUAUGGGAUGUGUGUUCCUGCAGCCUCACCGUUGAGUUUGAAGGCAUGAUGUCAGAAUGCAGGCCCAGCAGGGGCCCCCCAGGGAGACGGUGGGGGUGGCUGGCAGGGCGGGUUUCACCUGGACUGCACCAGCCCAGGUGUGACGGCCUCUGGGCCGGACCCAGGCACCCGAGGUGAGAAGGCAGCAUCUCUCGUCUCAGGAUACCCAGGCCUCCCCGAGGCAGCAGAACCCCGGCCGUACCUCGCAGCAGCUGGUCCGUGGCGCCCGCGGUAUGUCCCCUUCAUGCAGUGCCUUUCCGGCCUCUUCCAGAAAGAAUUUAAUUCGUCCAUUUGCAUACGUGGUGCCUGCGGUAUGUCCCAUUCAUGCAGUGCCUUUCCGGCCUCCUCCAGAAAGAAUUUAAUUCGUCCAUUUGCAUACGUGGUGCCUGCGGUAUGUCCCAUUCAUGCAGUGCCUUUCCGGCCUCCUCCAGAAAGAAUUUAAUUCGCCCCUUUGCAUAUGACCAUGAGAGGGAAAUGUC